AAUGUACUUACCUUCUUAAUAGGAAUAAGAAUGAAUCCUGAAAACUUAGCAAUGGGAAUUCUCCUCUUCUCCCAGAUUACAAUGGGCAUGCUUGGAAAUUCCUCACUACUGUUUUACUAUGUCAUUUCGAUAUUCACUGGAAAGCAUUUAGUGCCCAAAGACCUCAUCAUAGAACACUUGACUUUUGCCAACUGCUUGUCUAUCAUCUCAAGAGGCAUUCCACAGACAAUGUCACAUUUUGGAUUUAAGUAUUUCCUAGAUGACAUUGGAUGUAAAUUGAUAGUGUAUAUUUACAGAAUAUCAAGGGGGGUGUCCCUGUAUGCCAUGUGCCUACUGAGUUGCUUUCAAUGUAUCACAAUAAGCCCCAGAAACAUCAGAUGGAUGAAGCUUAAACACAGAGCUACCAAGUUCAUCGGUCCCUCCUGCUCACUCAGCUGGCUUGUUCACCUGCUUCUAAACAUCGCAACACCAGCAAGAGUGUCAGGACCCAUUUACAACAAAAAUGCAACCAGUAGGAUGAGUUAUGGAUACUGCUCAUGGUUUGCUUCUGGUAAUGUGUCAACAGCAUUGUAUAUGUUCUUACUGUGCUUCACUGAUGGCCUUUGUCUGGGUCUCAUGGCCUGCUCAAGUGUCUCCAUGGUAAAUAUCCUCUUCAGACACAAGAGACAAGUCAAGCACAUACACAGUGCUGAACACUUACUGAAAAUCUCACCUGAGGACAGAGCUGCCCAAACUCUCAUCACCCUGGUGUUCAUAUUUGUCAUCUCUUACUCAUUUUCUUCCAUUGUGGUCAUUUUUACGACCUACUCCAAAGGUUUAAUGUUAUGGGCAAUAAGUAUAUUACUAUUUCUAGAAAUAUUCUUUCCCACAGUUAGCCCCUUUGUUCUCAUCAGCAAUAUCAAGUUUAGUUCCAGCAUAUUUUUACUUUGCUGCAGUAAAAGAAAACCUCUUCCAAGUGUGACAUGA